UCCGCGCGCGCGCGCAUGCGCCGCGCGUCCACGCCUGCCAGCCUAUUCAACAGGAGCGUAGCGGGGCGGCCGAUUGCCGAAGCCUCGCACACGGCGGAGCCGCGCGACGACGUGCGUGCGUGCGUGUUCGUGCGUUCGUCGGGAUCCCCGGGCUUACUACGUGGCGGCGAAGAGUUGCGUUCAGGCCGCGCGGAGGAGAGAAGCCUCGGCGCGCGCCCGCGAGCGGGCGAGUCGGACGGAGUGUAUCCGCGUCCUCCGCGCCCCGACCAUGGGCCUAAGGGUUCUCUUAGACGGUUACGUUCCCGACUGGCGGAGGACGGCUGUCCGGAAUCUCAAGUAAUUUUGGCUAAGCAGUUGUUAGAGGAACAAUGUGAGCUCGACGUUGAUAAAGAGGAGAACGCAAAGCUGGGCGUUUACUGGCUGACAAAGGCCUCGGAGCAGGGAAAUCUGGAGGCGACUGAUAUUCUCCGGAAGUGCCUGGAGACUGGCCGCGGUAUCACGGAGCACAACUAUUACGACGUGAAAAGUUGCCUAGACAUGACGCAGGACGAGAAGCUGGUUAGGAGAGCGGCGAGGGAGAUGUUUAUGAGCUUGUCGAACGGCGAGGACUUUAUCACUACGGAGCAGCUGCAGAAUCGCAUGAGAAGCCUGUCGUCCCCGUCGACCAGCAACGCCGAUUGUUUUCAAUCGAACAAUACCUCCGGCAACUCGUCGCACAAGGGACUGGGCGACAACGAUAACGAUUGCUUCCCCAGAAAUGGUCUUCCCGACGACUCUCCGCCUGCGAAGGACGAAGACCGAACGAGCGACGUUCAUGGUUGGUCGGACCAUGGUAAGAAGAUCACGGAGGCUGCUCUGGUGUCCGCGGCUGCGAGCUACGCGCGCGGGAUGCUCCCGAUAGUAUCGCACGCUCUCCGCAUGGUGGAUCCCUCCGAGCUGGCGCUGGACACGAUACCGUUGCUGCAGAGACCGUUCGUUCAUCCGUUCGCGUCGCUGAGACGUCUCUACAGCUGGUUGGUCGAGACCCUCGGCCACAGAGGGACGUCGAUCGGACGGAUCCUUUUUACGUCGAAACUACACAUUCUCCUGUUGCUCUUGCUGUACUCCUUGUUCGGCACGGAGAGCCUAAUACUUUUUAUACCGAUGGCCCUCUACUACCUCUCGUUCGUAGUCAUGGUGGUGGCCACCUUCCAGAUGCUCCAGCGAAAGCGCGAGUUCAACAACUUCCGCGUGUGGUCGGGCCUAUUUCUCAGCUACUCGGGUGGAAAUCUCAACCCCGAGGAGGCGGAGUAUCAGUUCUGCCGCAACAACCUCAAGCCGUACGGGCACUUCUUUCUCGCGCUGCUGCUGAACCUGAUGAUCUAUCCCCUGAUAGCCCAUCAGUGGACGCCGCAAUCUGAAUUCACUAUAAUAGCAGUCACGCUCACUCUCAUCACGCUCUGCAGCUUUAUGCGGAGGAACUCGUCGCGGCUUCCCGAUUUCCUGGCCCUCUUCAGCUUCGGCGUGCACGUGCUCGCCAAGUAUCCUUACGAGACGGACAUGGUCGUGGCUCAGAGCUGGAGAUUCCUGGACAUCAGGGUGCCGACAUUCGCGUCUUACGUUGUCGGCAAUGGCAUAGAGUUUUGUCUCAACUUCCGCGUUGUAUUUUACCUCCUGAUACCGGCGGUCUUCGCGAAAAUGGCCGCGAGGGACAACUGGCGUGGCACGUAUCGUACUCUGAUACCCCAUUGCGUCACUCUGAGCUGGUGGCAGAUAGCGAUCUUCAGUUCUCAAGGUGCCACAUGGUACGGCUUGAUCAGAGGCGCCCUCGCGUUAGUUGGCAUGGUUCUGUUUCUUCCAAUCGCCGGUAUCGCUUCCGUUAUUCUACCGAUCGUAGCCGUUAUCAAAUAUUUGUCAGAAAAUGAUCUGGCCAUGAGGAUAGCAAUCACCACCGUGCUCGGAGGGCUGCCGUUUUUCGCCUCGUGGUAUCUGAGGAAGACCAGAGCAUCGAGAUUCAAUUGGAUCAUCACGCUCGUGCAAAUUGUCCUUGGCGUUGGCGCCGCGACAUUCCUAUCGUGGCCGAUGAUAAUGGAGUACAACCAGAAUCCCGACGAGGCGUCGUACGAUAUUGCUCCCAAUAUGAGAUUAACGUGGGAUCAGUAUCGGAACUACUGUCAUCAGCCUGCGUGGGAAGAAAUGUCGUCGAAAGCGCAGGUGCAGGUGCAAUGCGCUCAGCUGGAGGGCAUACCCGUCUCGUGGGACGGCUACGUGACGAAUAUUCGAGUAAAAUCAAUAAAGAACAGCAUCGCGGUCAUUGUAAACAAAUUGCCCGACAACGUUAGAACGAUACUUAGUUGUAUGUACGGGGAGCCGUACGAGGAAAAUUGCAGCUCGGGCGAUGAUAAUCGCAGAAAUGACUGCAGGCGCAUCAUGAGCAUCAAGAAGAAGCGGAACAAAUGUUACUUUCCGGCGUGGGAUCGAUACGAGUUUGAGAUAUUUGUCAAGAUGAAAAACGGCAUGUGGGGAAGCACCACGGAGAUACGUCUCGUUGCGGACCAUUCUUUCACCAAUUUUAGUCUGAAUAUUUAUCCGGGCGACAAGAUUUGGUUUUCCGGCGCGCUUACCAAUAACGGCUUGGAAACGGAAUCUCUUCUCGGCGGCGCCGAGCCGCACAUCGAUUUGGAAGAGGUCGGCUGCCUCGCGUGCAACUCGCUCGAUUUGAAAACGUCUUACAAACGUUCUCGGUAUCGUAUAAGUUUACGCUCCGUUAUCCGAGAUCUGUGUCUCAGCGUAAAGACUGUAUUGAACUUUCUGUUAAAUCCGGUUGUGAUGUUCAAGUGAUGAUAUUCUACAUGACUGAAUCCUUUCGAUCUCUCUAGCCUUUUUUAGACCUAAAAAUAAUGUAGCGAAAUUAUUUUUAUAUCCAAUUGUCAUUACAGUUUGUUUAACACAGUUUAUUUUAAAGGAAACUUGAACUUCCUAUGAUUAGACUUGCUAGAUUCUGAAAAAAUAAAAUUUGCAAAAUAGAACGUUGGAUUAAUUCGCAUUGGUUAAUUGUAUUAAGAGAAUGCGAUUUUAAACAAGUUUUGUAUCUAUACAUUUUCAGUGUAAACUAUAACACAUUGAUCUUGUAAACGCCUUAAGAGAUAUUUCAGCAUGAGACAUCUAUUAAUAGAGUUUUACUUGAAAUUUAAUGCGAUAAUUGAUUAUUAAUAUAAUAAACUACCUUUUUUGCGCUACAAUGUUGCAGAUAUAUUGUACUGUACAAAACAGCGUGUUAUACGUGAUAACAUGCUAUAUACCGUUUAAACUAAACUAAAUCAAGAAACUGUUAUGUAUAUAUAGCAGCGUUCCUUCAAUAUUUGACAUACAUGUAAAUGUGUGCGUGAUAUGAAAGUAGAAAAUAGUGCAAAUAUUUCGAUGUUACCGAAUGCCUCAGGCAAUAUACAUGUAUAGUAAUAGUUAUGUUAUAGGCUUUCAUGAAUAAGUCAUAAUCCGCUUCAGAGUAUUAUAAAUAACAUAUAUUUUAAGAUUUAUAUAUUUUCCUAAGCAUUACUGCCAGUAAAAAGAAAAGAGAGAGAGAGAAACGCUUGAUAUUUUUGUAUUCCGUUUUUGGAGAAUGAUAGGAGACAUCUCUUCAAUCUUGUUUUAAUAUUAUAUGUAGUAAAAAUUGUACGUCUUACUAGGUUCAUAGUAUAUACAUUAUACCGUGAUAAAGUUUUAAUUAGUUAAAUAGCAAGGCAGUAUGCAACCCAAUGUAAAUAAUCCUAGAUUUAGUAAGCUAUUAUGUUAAGUGAAAUGUCAUUUCAUAACAAAAUUUUGCAGUACUAAUAUUCGGUUAGAAUAUACUUGAUACAUUCAGUUACCUGAAUAAAAUGCAGCUUACAAUACUGAAAAUAUAUGUACAAUGCGAAUAAUUCAUUAUUAAGUGUUUAGAUGUAUAAAUUAUUAAGAAGCAUAUCUAUCUAUAGAGAUAAGGACAAUUUCGUCAUUGUAUCACACAACGACAAUAGGAACCAAGACCAGUACAGUAUAGUAAAGAGAUAAGACAUAGAUGUGCCUUGGUGUUUUCCGUUCGAAUGAUUUUAAUGUUGAUAAUAAAAGUACUCUAUUUGCUUCUUCAAAGCAAACAAAUUAAUUAAAUGCGUUAAAACAUGAUGAGCUCUUGCAUUCUGAUGUGCAAAUAUAUAUUUUUGUCAUGAAUGAUAUGUAUUCAGAAAUACAGCAUAAAAUUCAAAA